AUGACCUCCUCGACGAAGCCACCGAAAGCUAUCCUGUUCGAUAUCGGGGGCGUAGUCGUUAUAAGCCCCUUCCAAGCGAUUCUUGAUUAUGAGAUUGAGAACAAGAUUCCUAACGGCUACAUAAAUUUCGCGAUCCAGAAAGGGCCACACGAUACAGGCGCAUGGCAACUCAUCGAACGCGGCGAAGUCGAACUUAACGACGACUGGUUCGCAUCCUUCAAGCAACAGCUCAUGCGACCAGAAGUAUGGUCACAAUUUCUCCAAAAGCUUGCGCAACAGGAGAGCGUCGGUGGUGGGCAGGCUAUUGAGGGCGGGAAGCCACAAGUACCAGAAAUCGAUGCAAAGAAGCUGUUCUGGCGCAUGAUGAAGAUUAGUAGGGCGCCUGAUCCGUACAUGUAUCCUGCGCUGCGAAAGCUAGGCCAGAGCGGGAAGUUCGUUUUGGGCGCAUUCAGCAACAAUGUUACGUUCCCCACGGGCAUCCUCGACGACGAAGGGAAGCUCUUCACCAAGGAGCUCGUCUUCCCCCCUGCUCCAAGCCCCUACGCGAACGAUUCCCCGGACAUCACUAAAUGCUUCGACAUCUUCCUCGGUUCGGCAGCGGUUGGCGUCAGAAAGCCUGAUCCAGAGGCGUAUAAGCUGGCGGUACGGGAGAUGGACAAGAUUGCGAGGCAGAAGGGAAUGGGACAAGUCACGGAAGGUGAUACGCUCUUUUUGGACGAUAUAGGCAUAAAUUUGAAGUUCGCGAAGAAGACCGGGCUAAGGACCAUCAAGGUGAACUUGGGCAAGACGAAGGAUGCUGUAAAAGAGUUGGAAGAAGCGGUCGGCAUGCCGUUGCUGGACGACAAAGCUAAGCUAUAG